UGAUGUUGAGCCGCUAUUAACAGGUCAUGUGACAAGAAGCAUGCUGGCUCAUUUCUGAGCUAGCUCUUUGUUCCAAACGAUAGCACCAGAUACCAAUCGAUAAUCAGCUCUGGGAAAGCAUUUAUUAUGAGCAGUGACAGGCUCAGAAGUAGGAGACAUGGCAAGAACAGACACUUCACUACCAGUGGACAGUAUUCUCUGAGAAAUGAAGGUGCUCGGGCCUGUGAUCGAAGGACCGAUAUCGAUAGCUCUAGCAAUUAUAGAACCACAGGAAGCUCCUACUAUGAAGGGGAUGACUCAGUGAGUGUGAGCAGCCACCCUCUAAUUCAAGAAGGUCAUGUGUAUUAUUCAGAUGAGGACUACGUUGAGAACUUGGAUAGAUCUAGUUACCAACUGUGUGAUCGAAGGCCGGAUCUCAGAUCAGAUUAUGGACAUCAUGACUACCACCAACAUCAUGAUUACAAGCAUCACCAGUAUGCAAUGCCUCGAAGGAGGCUGUAUGAUGGUGAAGAUCCAAUAGCUGAUUCUCGAUCCCAUUGCAACUCAUUGUAUGAAGAAAAUGAUCGCGACGAGUGUCGGCAACCUGGUCCUAGUAGGCACACUUCACGUUCUGACUUGCCCAAUGACCAAGAUGUUAGUACGAGCCAACAGUACAGCCCACUUUUAAUAAAUGAAGUUAUCAAUCAAGAAAGCUUACAUAGAGAUCGUGACAAUUGGACAUCCUCUGAAACGGGCGGUCCUUAUGAUAAUCAUGAAAGUCAUUUUUGGUCAAAAAGGAAUGAAACAAGUUCUAGAUAUUUGCCACAGGUUGCGCCAGAUGAUGUCCAACACCCUCCUUCGUUAAUGUCUCUCAACUGUAACAGUGAAGCUUUGCAACACCCGGUUAUGUCCUCGAGUAGGUACAGUGAACAGUUUGGACAUCCAACACAAGUUAAAGUCGAAGAAUGUAACAACCAUGUGCGUGCCGAAAGGAUGCCGCCAGAACCUUUAAUGUCACUUCCUGUAAAAAACAUUCAUGCAUUGAGAUUCUAUAGAAAAGACAAUCUUCAAAAAGGGUACAGGGACAAUGAUACUAGCUUGCAGCCAUUAAUGUCCGUUUCUAAUGAAGAUUAUCCGUCGAGUAGCUACGAGAGGUCAGAUGUUAUGCAUGGUUUUGAAAGAGAGCCAACCUUUGUGUUUUCUCGUCUUGGACGAGAAACUCCUUACACUAGUGCAGACGAGUCCGAUUACUUUUCUACGAGCAUGCGAGAACCUAACCCUAACAACUCCUUCUCUGACCUGCGCUGCACUCCAAUUGAUUACGGAACAGGUAAUUCUGAAGCAGGAACAUACCCUCCACAAACAGAUGUUCUAUCAACAUACCCUCCAAGAGCAGAUGUUCUAUCUAGGCUUGGCCCUGAAAAUCUACCUACUGCAAGUAUUCCCAAACAACAUGAAGAUUUGCGGCUGUCGCUACGUCACUCAACCAUAGCAAAUACCGAACAUAUAGACUUGCGCAUGUCUCUACCCCUAACACAUCAAAUAUUACCUAGCAAAUUUGAAACUGAUUCUGCAGGGAGAAGUAUUGCAUGUCCCACUAACACUGGACCGUCUUUGUUGUCGUCUAGACUGAGCUCCUUAGUUGAUGUUCUACCGAAUGUUAAAGAGUUUGUUAGUUCAGAGGUGGAGCCUUCAUCAUUUGACUUACCUUUCAGCAAAAUUGAUGGUUCAACUGUAGAAAAAACACGCAUGUUGCAAUCUGCUAUUGAAAGUGACUUACCCCUAAAGUAUUCAUCUCUGCAAAAGCCAAGUGUAGUUCCUACUACUUAUCCAAAGUCUUCCUCAAGGCGAAAACCUAAAGGUUUGAUUUCUAAAAAUUCUUCGCAACACUGUGUUUCUCGUACAAAACGAAGUACAGUAUCUUCUAAGCGUACUAAACAUCGAACUAGAUCGCAUGGAUCUCUUGAAAUGUGGAACAAAAUGUCCUCGUAUUCGAAACCAUCUAACAAAACACCAGUUGAUAAACAAAAGGUACACAUCCGUAGACUUUCAAAAAGUGUGAUCGGUAAUAUAACCGAGCAUCUCUACGUUUCCAGUGAUUCUAAAAGCUGUUUGCUUACUCGUCUCUACAAUGCAUGUGCUGUGGUGGUUGAAGUCUUGUCGAAAGAAAAUAAUAAUGAUAUAAAAUGUCUCCAAACUCUAUGUCAUCACUUUUCUGGAUUUUUCUGUGCCACCCUAGUAUCAACGCACCUUUUACCAGUCAGUAAUGAAGAUCUUUUCACAAAAGAAUUGAGUCACCUUCGAGCGACUUGUGGUAAUAAUAUCACUAAGUGGAGAAAAGAAAUCAAUAAAUUUGUGUAUUUAGCAGGAACAAUUGCUAAUUUAGUGAAGGAUAUUACUGUUCUCGAUGAAAGGAGCCUGUCACCCAAAUCGCUAAUGCUCGAUAUCAGCAGUGCUGAUUUUGUUGGAUAUAGACCACCGAAAUCUGAACCUAAUGUAAGUCCAGCUGCUCAGGCCAGGGAGAAAUGCGACAAUGGAGACAAGAACCGGUGUGUGGCUAAAAGGUUAGAAACUGUUGCUUCUCAACCCUCACAGCAUCCUUCUCUGACAACUAGCACUGUUGAAGUAACGAAACCCACAAAUCUCAUUAAAGAUAGCGUCAUUGUGCAACGAUCUGGACAUGCUGUUAGCACAUCUGUUAAGUUUAUGAGCCCCAACAAAGGGUCUAGUGGAGAUUUUCCCGAGGUAAUAAGCAUGCUAAAAGAGGUUAAGCCUGCAAGUGCUGAAGAGAGCGGUGCACACCCGGUAAAUGGAAGUGACCCUGUACAAACACAGUCUCUAUCAAGACAGUCCUUGGUACCAUCCUCAUCGGAAGAUAUUCAACCGUCCAAACCGAUUUCUAAGACACCAACUCCUCUGGACAAAACCAAUCCCAUGGACAAUGGAAGUCAACUAUCACCCCGUGUUAAAGAAAUAUCCCCGUUACCCGCAAAUCAUGUGGAACAGUUCAAAUGUCAUUCUGCGCCACCAAAAUCGCUGGAAGAUGAAAUAUUGUUGCUUCAAAAAUCCUAUUCUUCUCAAGAUGAAGAGGCAGUUUACUUACCAUUAAAUCCAACUGAGGUAUGUAGUCCUGAAGAUGUACAGACAGGUCAGUCUGUGCAUCGUCCUAGUGUGCAAGACGGACUGUGCGAUGAUAUGCACCCUGUUCACCCUGUUCAAACAGCCAUCUCUCUAAAAGAGGACCAGAAGUCUUGUGUGAAAGAACGGAAAACUCAGAAACAAGACAAUCAAACUUCUACUACUGAUCGUCAACUCGGCAGUAUCAAAGAUCAAGAAUAUCAUGACUCAAUCAAUGACAAGCAGCUACCCGUUUUGGUUACGUCGAACAUUCCUGUUGGCUCUCUAAAAAGAACAGACAAAGGGCUAAAAUCUUUGCUUGAAAUUGUGAUGUGUGGUGCUGUGCAUACUGAUUCUACAAAGCAAGAUAAUACCCCUCCGCUUGACAACUCGAAAUUGCUUCCUCAUAGCCAGAAAUUGUGUUUAGUCAGCACCACUACAAGUAUAGUACCUUCUGAAUCGCAUUUAGUGGGAUCGAGCACUGUUAACCUUUCUGGUCCAGACUGUAAAGGAAAGUGCUCUCCUGAUAGAGCUAAAAAUGUAGUCAGCAAACGUUUGGAAAGAGGUAGUCUUAGUCCAGGAGAAAUUGUCAGCACUUCACCAUCUCCAAGUCCUCCUCCUCCUCUUCCUGAACAGAAUAAUGGUGGUAGAAAACUAGAUUCCCAUAACAAAAUCCGACUUCAUGAGAGUCAGCCUUCACUUAGCAGUAACGAAAGGAACAGUAGAAUGAGAAGCAGUUCAGAGAAAAACAGUUAUAAGAGAAGGCCUUAUGUUCAACAACCCAGCAGGCGGAAAGUUUCUCGGUCAAGUGUAGUUAGCAAAUCUAGGAAGAAAAACCCCCUGAAAAAGAUCAACUCAGACAGCGAUGACGAGCUUGAGUUGUUGGAUCUGCGAAAGAAAGCACUAAUGUCAAUGAUUCAAGAUAAGAAGUCCAGCGCACCUGUGUCAGCGCAGGGGAAAUUGACUAGUCCUGGGAAACCAAGUGGUUUUACUCCUUUUGGACAAGACGUCUUUGAAACUAUAGACAUGGAAAUUUGCAGUGAGUCUGACACAGAUGUCGAAUUGCCUACUAACACAGAAUUUAAGCGUACGAGUGACAGCUCCCAGCUAGUCAAUGAAAUAGAUAGUAACAAAUUAGCGACUAUUAACACUGAAGGUAAGUUUGGGUUAGAUAGAAAACAAAGCUCAGUAACAUCUCUAGAUGAAAGCAGAGACAAAGCGGCAUCCAGCGAAGCUAGUGUUAGAGCAGCUGUUGAAAAAGAGAAAGCCAAGAACCUUCCCAUGGAAAGAAAACCUUCCACCGAUGCUACUGUUGUUCCACCUUUAAAAUCUGUUCCAGUACAGAUACCAUCGUUUGUUGUCAAGGUCUUGCCUGGAAAUGAAAAAACCUGGAAUAUCGAGCCAGUCCAUAUCAUGCCACACAAUGACAGUGAUAGCGAAGAGCAAGACUCUGAAUUGCAACAAAAGAAGAGCCCCCAGAAAGCUGUGUCUCGUGUUAGCCAGUUUCUAAUUCAAGCAAGAAAUGCUUCACUUGAGCCCAAGGAUGUUAAUGUUGUGCAGCCAAACCCAAGAUCUAUUCCGAAGUCUAUGCCUUUAUUGUUGCCGACUCCAAAGAAGAAAGAAUACUUGCAGCUGAAGAUGAAACUGGAGAUGCAUGAGAGAAAAAAACGCCUAAGAACACACUCCAGUAAAAACUGUCUUUCCACCAGCAGCUCUCCAGAAAGAAGUAGACAGCCUACUCCUGAAAAGUCUAAAUCAUUAAUGGAGUCUCCUGGACGUAAGAGUGUGAACCACAAAGCGAUUGAUCUCAGUCUACAUGUAGCUUUGAAGAAUUACGAAAACCAGCUUCAAAGUUAUCAGAAUGUGCAGGAGGGUAAUCUUUCUGACCUUAACUCUUUGACGGAAAAACUCACCGACUGUGAAUUGAAUAUUGAAGAAUGUGAUGUAAAGAUAGUUGAAUUAGAGGCACAACAGAAACACUUGCAAAACAAAAUUUUGGCUGCGAAAACUAUUCAAGUUCAAGCUGUAGAAAACAAAUCUGUGCUGCAAACUGAAGUGAGAGCUGUGAAGAAUAGUGUCAGUGCAACAGGGAGAAAGAUUGAGCAUGUCAAAAGUGAAAUUAAACUAACGAAAGCCUCAUUGUCUUGUUUAAAUGAGUUAUCGCCAAUAUCCACGAGCACUGCUUUGAUUUCCUUAAAAAGUUUUAAAUCAUCAAAUACCAAAGUUGUAUCUCCAUUUCCAAGUCAGCAUACACCAAUUCCUGACAUUCUAAUUGAGCCUGUGUCUCAGCAUCAUACACCAAUUCCUGACAUUCUAAUUGAGCCUGUGUCUGAUUGUGAUGCCAGUACAUGUAACUCUGUUUUAGAGAUAGAACCAAUUUCUGACAGUGAAGUAAGUGAAGAAAGUCUAUCUAAAGCUGCAAACCUGAUAGUUGUAGAAGCAAUCAGCGAUACAGAAAUGGAUACAUCUAGUGCUCACCACACAGACAAUCGAUCUAGUGCAUUUGAAAGUGCUUCUGUUGCUGAGGAAAACCGCUGUAUCAAACCAGUCGGGAACAGUGUCGAUGAAUUGCAUUCUACCUCAAUAAUUACUAAAACCUGCCAAAUCGAUUGUUUUAGUAACCUGUCUCAGUCCACUACUAGCUGUGUAUGUCUUCCUGAAACCAUUGUGAAUGCUCAGGCUGCAUCAGACUGCUUUGGUAGUGCACAGAUUAUUGGUUCAUCAAAAGGUGUAAGUGUAAAAACUGCUGAUUACAGUACGUCUGAGAGUACUCAAAGUCCAAAACCUGAACCUGUUUUUGUGCAGGAAGAACGCUCUAUGCAAUGUUCCCUUCCCCAAACACCAAUUACCGGUAAUGCUAUUGCUUGGAGUACAUUGCAGCUCAAACCUCAAUUAUGCACACCUGUUACCAAAACUGGAAGUGUGCCAAAUCUUGUUCCUGUCAAUAAGAUAUUUUACAACGGAACGAAUAACCUUUUCUCAUUAGGAAAUGAACCACCUUGUUUGGCUGUUUCAGUGAAUAAUCUUGAGUCGCUUGAUGUUGAAUCUGCUUGCAUUAACGAAUCUUUGCUGAAGGACAUUCAACAGAAGGCUACACUUCCGGAUGCUACACAUUCCUGUAAUCCAACUUCAUCUUCUGUUUGCUCUCAGCAAAGUACUUUGUUUCGAAACAGAAAACAAAAAAAACCCUUACACAUGACCCUCAAACGUAAAGCAGAAAUGCUCAGUAAAGAACGUGGUAUAGAUCUUGCAAAAGAAGUAUCGGCAUUAAAAGUCCCUACAAGCUCAAAUGAUAUUAAAACUGCUGCAUGUGGAAAACUGCAGGGUGCUAAAAAGCGAAAGCGAUCACUUAAAAAUAUGAGUUUCAAAAUUCUGGAUUCGAAACGUAUGAAAUUAGUUAAUAAUCAAGCUAAGACGUGUUUCCAAGUCAAGGAUGUAGCUGAUGUAGAUAGCCGUGAUUCAACCCGUACAUCUUCUGGUGUAGACAAAGUAACUGUUACCUUGCAACAGGCUUUCGAAUCAGUUGCUCAAGAAAGCAGAACUGUGAAAUCUACUCAAGUUUUGAAAUUAUUACAGGCUACUGGUGCUUUUCCUGUGAGUCAAGCAACCCAUUCCAUAUCAACAUGUAGUCAAGUGGACAUCUCUACAAUCUUCAGUCGUACCAAACUACGUACAGAUCAGUCCAGCUCCUCAGUUGUGAAAAUGUCAGCUACCUCCUUGGAUGUUCCUCGGAGAACUAGCUGCACUAAAAUAGGUAAAGUGUAUACUCCAUACUCGUCUCCUCUUCUCUCAUUCAGCUCCUACAUGUUAAGCCCCGCCUAUCGGCAACAGGAGAAACUACAGCUUAGCUCUAUCACGCACUCAUGUAAAUUGAAUCCGAAGCAAGUUUUGUGUAAGUUUGAAUUGUUAGGGGUGUGUAAAGAUCCUAAGUGCGAUUCUCAGCAUUUGCGACAAGUGGUACUGUCUAAUAAAGAGAUUGUCACCAGGCUUGUUACCCAUACUCCCAAAAUGGCACAGUGCACACCAGCUGAACUUGAAAUUGCUGAAGUAACUCAGCCAGAGUAUAGGAAACUCAUUGUAAACAAGAUCUCAAAGUAUGCAUCGUCAGUGGUGGAACGUUAUUCCCCAAAGCUUUCUGACGAGGAGAUAUACCAAUUUACAGCACAUGAAGUCAAUAAAGCAAUGGCGGUAGAUGAUCCAAAACAUGGCAAACAUCAUUUUGUUAGUUUUAGUGAUAGAGGCUGGUUAGUCAAAACCAAUGUAGAGAGUCAGUUUAGCCCUGCUGUUGGAGUCAACGUGCCAGAGCUGGGUGUGUCUUAUCCAGAACGAACUGACAUUGCAUUGUCUGGUGACAAUAAUGACACACCCAAAAGGCGAUACUUCAAAUCCUGUGUUGAGAAACCCCACCCAGAUACGUUUGCUGAGGACGGUGUGAAGCACUGGCUGGAAAAGGCUGAUAACUGUAUUUCACAGAACAAAUGGGACGAGGCUCUAACGUCCCUAAGUGAAGGGCUUAAGAAGCACAAUAAAUCGGUGGAAUUGUGGCUGUGCUGGCUUCGUUUGCAUUCUUACCUUCACAAGAUAAAUGCUGCACCACAUUCGGAAAGCUCUCUGAAUGAUGCUUGUACAAUAGCUCUUGAGUCGACACAGUCGUACAAACUUCUGUUGGAGUGCAUUCGAAUUGGGGUAAAGUAUGACUGGAAGCAAAGCUGGAUUGUAAAAGGAUUGGAGAUGAUAUCUUGUGUCCCAUCCAACAAUACCACCUCUCACCAGAGUCUGGAGCUGCUCCUAAAUAGUGCUCUAUUGAGUUUGACUGUUGGGAAAGUGGAUAUGGCAUUAAGGACAGUAGAAGUAGCACUAUUUGGAUCAUCAGAAAGGCCGUGCUCUAGCUCUCUGGACCUGUCUCCACGACUAACAGUGCAGGAUAGGCUGUGUGCUUGCCUGUUUUUUCUUCAUGUUUUGUACUGGCGUGAAAUCCCCUCAUUUAUAUUCAACAGUGCAAGUAGUACACACAUUCCUUUCCAGCUUGUGUCUAAGGUAUUUUUCCUUGAGUGGGAUGAGGGCAAAACCCUCUCAGGGCCAAAACUUGAAAGCAUCAGGUCUUACUUCAAGAAGUCAAUACAGCUGUGUGCGUUUGAUGUUGGCGAGACGACUAAGGCUUGUCUGCCCUUGUUGGUAAGCAUGGUCAGUUUUGAAGCCACACAUGGGGACUCUCAAAGAGCGAUUUGUGAAAUUGAGUUACUGGUUCAGAAGUAUCCCAACAACGUGGAGUUGUGGUUAUUGUGCGCAAGGGCUAUGGUGCAAGCUGGGCAGUCUCCUGUUUCAUGUCUAGAAAGGUCCGUCACUGCCUGCCCUAGCAACGCCUGGUUGUUCUAUGCCGCAGCUCAAUUAGCACUCUCUCCACUGCAUCAACUACCCAAUCACAAUGUGACACAACGCAAGAAGCAGGCAAUAAAUUGGUUGGAGAUAUGUAUCAAGUCAUUUUACAAAGAAGAUCCCUCGGUUAAAAUUGAACCACUUUUCCUCUACCGGAAGUUGCUUGGCCAGAUGGUGCCGUACACUCUCAAGUCACCUUUGUUUGCUAAUGAUGUUGACCCAAACAAACUAGGCACACAGCGUGCUGCACUAUGGAUGUGUUAUUGCCUUCUUGUUGAGCUAGCUGAACCCAGCUCAGUCAGUACUGGGUUUCACCACCAGUCGGCUGUCGAUGCUUUUGAGUCUGCUGUCCACUCUCUCCUGGACCGAGAAAGCUGUAUUAUGUUGUGGCGAGGGUAUCUGUUGCAUCUCAGAUCGAAUGCCAUCCAAAAAAGUGAAAGGUUGAGCUCCUAUCUAUCGUGCACAAAAAGAUGUCUGCAAGCCAUUGACUACAAACUGGUGUAUCUCGACACAUAUUCUGGACAGCCGAGACACUAUGAUGAUUACUCCUUUCAUAAUGAGACUAUCGAUUUAUUCAUGAGCAGUUUGGAUUGCACGUUGCCCCAGAAGCUGUGUUUGCUACAGAGCUUCGGUGCUCUCCUGCCCAAUAAUGUUGACCUGACAGCCAAGAUCGUUAAGUGUGCCGUACAACAAGAAACACCUUGCACAGAGAUUGCCCAGUCGUUAUUGGCCACACACCUUGCAAAAUUCCCUAACAAUGCGCCCUUGUGGAGAAUGGCUGCUUCAAUUGAAGUGAAUCUCGGACAUACUAGGGAAGCACGAUGGACGUAUCAACAGGCUACUGAUGCUUUACCCCACUCCUUAUCCCUCUGGAUAGAUUUUUUGAUGUUCGAAGUUAAGAAUUACGUUGACAAUCCUGGCGUUGACCUGCCUGCGCUACUAGUGACUAACAUAUUGUCGAAGGCACAUGGGUGUGGUGUAGACCUUUACACAGCAUUCAAUCAUCAUUCCUCGUAGUUUCAUACAUGACUCAUGUUCACACACAAUCACAAUAAUUAUAAUGUUAUGGGUAAGUUACCUCUAGGCCAUGUACGUAGUUAUAAUCAUGAUGCUGACUUUUCCUAGCUACAUUGACAUUGUGUUGUGUAUGAAAUUUUGACAUUGUACGUAUACCUCCACCAAUCACUAUUCCAAUAUUUAUUAAUCCUGUUGUUGAA